GAAGAGGACUAUAGCAACAGUUGCCUCGAGACCCCCGCUCGCCAUAGUGACUGUAGUCGUGGAGACAGUUACUUACCAACGGGAGCAACACUCAGCAACAGCAGCAGCAGCAGCAACUGGAGGAGAGAGAGAGGGAAACGAGCAGUAAAGCCAGAGCAGAUCUAAGCAGAAGCCUGAGAAACAUGCAGCGCUCAGAGGGUGGCUCAGAGACGGCGACCACUGUGGCGAUGAGGACACCCACUUCAGCCCAGGCACCUGUGGUUCAGCCUGUUCCCCCUUCACAACAGCGUGUGUUAGUUCAGACCGCUGGUUCUGCCCAGAAGGUGACUCAGGCGCAACAGCUACCCGUGCCUAGAGUUCAACAGGUCCCUCAGCAGGUCCAACAGGUCCAACAUGUGUACCAGUCCCAGGUGCAGUAUGUAGAAGGUGGAGAGGCGGGCUACCCUAAUGGCACAAUUCGUGCUGCAUACUCGUACAACCCAGAGUCCCAGCUGUACGGACAGGGUAGCGGAAACACCUAUUUCGACUCCCAAGCGGGUGGUACCCAGGUCACCACCGUCGUCUCGUCUGCCAGUGGAGUGCCUGCCCACAGCAUGGUGGGCAUCUCUAUGGAUGGCAGUCAAAUCAUUUCCAGCGGCAGUGCCUAUCUGAUCCACGGCGGAAUGGAGGGCGGCCGGCACCACUCAUCUCACUCGGCCCGAUCAUCGUCUGCAAUGCUUGAAAUGGCGAUUGAAAACCUCCAAAAGUCAGAAGGGAUCGCCACUCACAAAAGCAGCCUGCUCAACAGCCAUUUGCAGUGGUUACUGGAUAAUUAUGAGACUGCUGAGGGUGUGAGUCUGCCGCGGAGCUCUUUGUACAACCACUACCUGAGACACUGUCAGGAGCAAAAACUGGAUCCGGUCAACGCAGCCUCAUUCGGCAAACUCAUCCGAUCCGUUUUCAUGGGCCUUCGCACACGGCGGCUUGGGACCAGGGGGAACUCAAAAUACCAUUAUUAUGGCAUUCGUCUGAAGCCUGACUCUCCUCUCAACCGCCUGCAGGAGGACACACAGUAUAUGGCAAUGAGACAACAACCUGUCCAUCAAAAACAGAGGUUUAAGCCCUUGCAUAAAAUGGAAGGGAUGGGAGACAGUUUGAACAGCAGCUCCCAGCAUUUCUCCAGCACCCCUGAGCAGAGCGUGGCCGCCCAGAGCCAGCAUCACCAGCAGUACAUUGAUGUGUCCCAUGCCUUGCCACCAUUCCCCUCUCCUGAUCUCGGCUCAUGUCCUCUGCCCGAGCCAAUCAGCUUAAACGAUGUGAAGAAACUACAGAGCAACUACAGAAUCCACUGUGAGGCAACUCUAGAUGUAGUGAUGAACUUGCAGUUCCAUCUCAUAGAGAAGCUAUGGCAGACGUUUUGGUAUUCAACAGCGCCAUCUAGUGACGGAGCCACUACCAUUCCUAACAGCGAAGAGGAUGUGGAGGAUAUCCGAGGUUUCCCCAGAGAGAAGCUGAUCACUCUGUGUAAAUAUGAACCAAUCAAAGAGUGGAUGAGAAGCUGUGAUCACAUCCUAUACCAGGCACUGGUGGAGAUCCUCAUCCCUGAUGUUCUACGGCCUGUUCCCAGCACCCUCACACAAGCUAUCAGAAACUUUGCAAAGAGUCUGGAGAGUUGGUUAACCUCAGCCAUGAGUGACUUCCCACAGGAGAUUGUUCGCACUAAGGCUGCAGUGGUGAGCGCAUUUGCGCAGACCCUGCGCAGGUACACCUCUCUGAAUCACCUGGCGCAGGCGGCCCGAGCAGUACUGCAGAAUACCUCCCAGAUCAACCAGAUGCUCAGCGACCUCAACAGAGUGGAUUUUGCAAACGUUCAGGAGCAGGCAUCCUGGGUGUGUCAGUGCGAUGAGAGUGUCGUCCAGCGUUUGGAGCAGGAUUUUAAGGUGACCCUGCAGCAGCAGAGCUCUCUGGAUCAGUGGGCCGCCUGGCUGGAUAACGUAGUCAACCAGGUGCUGAAACCUUAUGAGGCUAGUCCCACCUUCCCCCGCGCCGCCCGCCAGUUCCUUCUCAAGUGGUCUUUCUACAGCUCCAUGGUGAUCAGAGAUCUGACUCUGCGCUCGGCCGCCAGCUUCGGCUCCUUCCAUCUCAUCCGUCUGCUCUAUGAUGAAUACAUGUUCUAUUUGGUAGAGCACCGUGUCGCCCAGGCAACCGGAGAGACGCCCAUCGCUGUCAUGGGGGAGUUCAGUGACUUUAACACAAUGAUGCCGCCAGUCAUGGAGAAAGACUCCUCAUUCUCAGACGAUAUGGGCAGUGAUGGAGAUAUGUCGAGGAGCAUAAACGAACCGGCAGUGAAGAGAGAGAGAAUCGAGAUAAAUCACUCCCUACAGGAGAUCUAAAAGCCUCACCCCAGAACACGACAGCCCACAGCUACCCGCUACUCUGUGUGUGCGUGUUUAGCAGUAAAUGUAGGGAUGGCGGUGGUCAAGCUAACACUAUGUGGUUUUUGUUUAUCUUGAGAGAACGUAGAUUUGUGUAGGGUCAGUUUGUCUCUCUCUCUCCCUAGAUGGCAGACGUUGUCUGCUGUCUGGGUCCUUUAGGUUUUCUGCGACUGUGAAUAAAGAACGUGCUAGUUUUGUGACGUGCCAUAGUCUUCAUUCAGUGCCUUAGAAACACUAGAACAGAACUAUCUCUCUUUCUUUCGGACUCCGUCUCGUCCUGUCGUUUUCUCGGCCGUGCCUCUAACCGCAGAAUGAAUGUAUCGUCUCAGAACCUCAGAUGUCUGAAGCACCUUUUAAAGAUAGUCACAUUUUCAGUCGUGCCCUUAGCCUGCGGUUCCUCAGGCUGCACCCCCAUAUCCGCCCGAACCUGCUUAAACAGCAGGGCUGCACAUGCAAAUGCCUUUCCAUGAAAUGAAGGGUGGACACUUAAUUCUUGCAGUUUUGUAGAUAAACGCCCUGGCCAUAUGAGAUGACUAGUCUAUACCUCAACAGUUUAUAUUCCUCAGUGUCUAAUUGUAAUGUUUUUGUUCACUUUAAGUCACUAUGACCGAGAUUAUUCAAUCAGUUUGUGCUGAUUGGUUGCCCUAAAAGCAUCCUUAUAUCACUUGAAAGUUCCAGGAUGUACAUACAUGUAUGUGUUAAUGGUUAUUACCCAGGUAGAGCCUUUUCCUAGUUUUAGGGCAGAUCUCACCAAAUAUGGUUUGUAACACUUUGGUCUAGUUUUCUAGCUAUACUGUAUAAGAAAUGAUUAGUUGUUUGCAGUGGUUAUAAAGAGCCUAAAUGAUUGUGAAUAUAUUGAAAGUACCUGUGUGUGUGCACGUGUGUACACAAGGCCUUCUGAAGUAACUGGAAGUGAGUGUGUGUGUGUGUGUUAACCAGUUUAUGUGAAUAGUUUUUGUGUUAUUUUUAUUAAAUUAAACAUACUGUAUACAUGAGCUUUUUACAUACCCCAUACAGUUGUUUUUUAUUAUUAAGAUUAAAAACUUCCUUUGCAUAACAGAUUGAAGUUGUGUAUAUGUAAUAGCAAAAAAGUUGUUUUUAUGGGUAACGCGUUUUAACUCUGUAACCUGUCAAAUGUCUAAGCUUUUUCUAGAAGGUUUAAAAAACCCAAAAUAGAGAAUUCCAGUAAAAUAAUAUGCAGAUACUUACAGAAACGCCUCAUCACCUGGUGCUGUACAUCUGAUGUAAGAUCUAUCGAUCGUUUUAAUGCUUAUAAAAUAAAACUGUGCCCAACUGACUGAUGUAAAGCUGGAAAUAUUUUCAAAAGAUGUCAUUUUCACAAUGUUUGUAAUUCCAAUGUUGUGCUGAACCCAAGUGGGAUCUCAACUGGUGCCUGGUAGCGGCCCAUAACGGGCACCCUACACACCCCUCUGUGCUAUAUACAAAGAGUAAUUUCAUUUCUAGUCGCUGUUUUGUGUUUCUGAGAAGUGAUUGGCUGAUGUUCUCUCACUGUGGUUGGUCGUGAGUGUCAGGCUUUGUAUUUCUAGCCUGUCACGUUUGUUGCCUUUGUGUGCUUUUGGGAUGGGAACUUUCUCAUUUCGAUUUUUCUUUUGUAUUGCUGUUUUAAAGCUUCCGGCUAAGGAAUAUUUUUAUGGAGGUAGAUGCAAUUCUUCUCACUACUAUAUUGAUACCUUAUUUUUGUGUCCUUUAAAAUGUUCUUUAUUUACCCUCAACCGCUUAGUUGGACUGUAUUUUGUACUGUUUAAAAGUGUAAUAAAUUUGUGUAAACCACUUUUGUCUGAAGAUAA